UGGAAACAAGUUGUCAUUCUGUGUCAGCUGUCAGUGUCACAUGUUGCCGUGGAUUGUUUUGGUUCUAAAAGCACCUUGUUUUUAAUAUGUUUUAAUGUAAUUUCAUAUUGUAUUUAAUUAUAUUAUACUAAAAGUUUACCCUAAUAAGUAAAACCGAAAAAUGGAGAGGCGGCCCAGAUUUUUACCCAAUAUUUUAAUUACAGGAACACCAGGGGUUGGUAAAUCAACAAUAUGCCAAAUAUUAUCUGAACGAACAAAGUACACAUGGAGAGAAGUAUCGAAACUGGCUGAAGAAUACAAUUGUUUAGAAGAAUAUGACCCAGAAUAUAAUUGUCCGGUGUUAAAUGAUGAUAAGAUGCUGGACAUAAUGGAAAGUAUGAUGGAAAAAGGUGGGAACAUAGUUGACUACCAUGGCAGUGAAUUUUUUCCAGAGCGCUGGUUUGAUGGUGUUUUUGUUAUCAGAACAAAUAAUACCAUAUUGUAUGACAGACUAGUAGCAAGAGGAUACUCAGGCAAGAAGUUGGAAGACAACAUUCAAUGUGAAAUAUUUGAAGUUCUAUUAGAAGAAGCUCAAAAUUCAUACAAACCGGAAAUUGUUAUGGAACUACAGAACAACACACAGGAACAGCUCCACGCUAAUGUUGAAACAAUUAUAGGGUGGAUAGAGAAAUGGAAAGUAGAAAAUCUGUAAUCAUUUUGGUGAUUUUACCAUCAUAAUCUAUAGUAAACCUGAUAAAAAACAUGUUAUAUUAUGGAUUCUUACCAUGCAUAUUCCUAUAUUGCAUAAUUAUCAACUGUUUUAUAUGUUUUUACUAUAUGGUAUAUGCCAUUAAUCUGUAAGAAGUACUUUUGUUUAUGGCUAAGUUUGAGUUUUAUAUAAAUAGUAAGCUGUAAACAAUUUCUAUGGGCACUUUGACCAUAAGUUGCCAAAGUUUGCAACUAACAAAUACACAAAUUAAGUAUUCAACAAGAAUUUCAAAAGAACUAUAUGUUUAACAAAAAAAAAUUAUGUCUACCAUAUGUUUAUAGCCUUUUUCUUAUUGGGAUUUUAACUGUUGAAAUAUGUUAUACUUUUGACACACAAUUUGUAUAAAGGAAUUUCAAAGCUAGUGGCACAUUUUGUAAAUAUGAGAAGCCUGCUGAUAAAAAUAUCCAAGUUGUAAAAUAAAUUAUAUUAUUUCUA